AUGGUCCUGAAGAGCGGGCCUCAGCAGAUCGUGAUUCACGAUGCUGCCAACAACACCUUUACACUGGACGAGAAUGCAUUGCGACGUAUCUUGCUGCAUGAUGACGUGAAGGACAAGCCUGUUGCUGUAGUUUCCGUGGCGGGAGCCAUGCGGAAGGGAAAGUCCUUUAUGCUCAACUUGUUGCUGAGAUAUAUGCGGUAUCUUCAAGUAUGCGCAGUAUCUUCGAGCAAAUGUGAAGACUGGCUCGCCGAUCCUGAUGCACCAUUAGAGGGAUUUUCAUGGCGCAGUGGAAUGAGAGCGGAGACAUCGGGUAUCCUCAUGUGGGACGAAGUGUUCACGGUUACAACAUCCGAGGGCAAGCAGGUGGCUGUCGUCUUCAUGGACACAGGGGGCAUGUUUGACAAGGGUGCAACAAUGAAAGACUGCACUACCAUUUUUGCUCUCAGCACACUGAUUAGUUCUAUCCAGGUGUACAACGUCUUUCAGACCCUUCAAGAGAAUGACCUUCAAUUCCUGCAGUUUUCCACAGAGUACGGGCGUCUUGCAGCAGGGACCACGUCCGAGAGGCCUUUCCAGAGGCUUAUGUUUCUGGUACGCGACUGGAGCUACCCAUACGAUGCUCCUUAUGGUGCGGAAGGAGGAGCGAUCGUUCUGGACGAGUGCCUAAAGGUUUCGGAGCAGCAACAUGAAGAUGUGCGACAAAUCCGAUUCAGCUUCUCACAGAUCGAUUGCUUCCUUAUGCCUCAUCCUGGGGACAAGGUGGCUACUUCUGCUGAGUUUGACGGACGCAUAUCUGAUAUUGAGCCAGACUUCAUAGCUCAUCUAAAUGACCUGGCAACUAGCCUCCUCGCUCCAGACAACGUCUUGGUCAAAAAAGUCAAUGGCACAGAAGUUACAUGUGGAGCGCUGGUGGAUUACAUUGAGGCUUACAUGGCCUUUCUUGAGAAAGGCGUGCUCCAAGAGCCGAGAUCUAUAUUGCAGGUAACAGCAGACUUUGAUUACCUGGAGGCUGUCGCGAAAGAGAUAAACCAGUAUAAAAGUGACAUGGAUAAGAUUUUUAGCCAGGGGGAAUGCAUGACAGACGAUGAACUCGAGGAGCAUCACAAGCGCUUCAGCAACUCUGCACUGGAGCACUUUCGUGCCAUUCCUAGAUUUGGUGGAGACGACUACAUCCUGCAUUUUCUUGGAGAACUCAGGCAGGAACACUUGGAACACCUCUCAAUCGUCCUUGCAAUGAUGAACGAAGAGGGCAUAACGAUCAACCCCCGCAAGGUGCAGGUGGCAUCGUCUAGGAUCAGCCUUCUCGGCUUUGUGGUGGACGGAGACAAUUCAUUCCUAAUUGUGCCGAGCUAG